AUGAGUGCUGCAAUAGAUGUUUUAGACAUACUCGACUUCGGUGAAACAAGUCCUAAGAAAUGCGUGUUGGAUAAGGAAGCUCUACUUUCACGAACAGAUAAGAGGAAAAAUUCUCGUCCUAAUCCCCAACCAAAACGACCAGAUCAUGUUCCACGUGAAGUUUGGGGCUUACAAAGUACUCUUAACAUCAAUGAUCUUCCUCCGAUUAUGCCAGCUGAUAAUACACCACUUUACAAACAACCUAAAGCUGUUAUUGGCGUCGGAAAAGUUGGUCCAUGGCAUUGGACACCUUUUACAAAUUCUGCUAGACAGGAUAAUCUAGUGUUAUAUCAUUGGCGACGAGGUGGUUCUGAAUCCGAGUCCAAUAGCGAUUAUUAUUUUGCCCGUUAUAACAAGCAUGUCACUGUACCAGAAUAUACACCAGAAGAAUAUGAAACAAUGCUGAAAGAUUCAAAAUGGAGUGAAGAACGUACAGCACAUUUAAUGGAAUUAGCUAAACGCUUCGAUUUACGCUUUAUUCAUAUGCGUGAUCGAUGGGAUUGUGAACAAUUUCCUGGACGUCCGUCUAUUGAAGAUCUUAAAGAAAGAUACUAUGGAAUAUUAACUCAGUUAGAUAAAGCACGGGGGACAAAUCUAUCACAAGGUUUACGCUAUGAUGCAGUUCAUGAACGUCGACGUAAACAACAAUUAAGUCUAUUGUAUGGACGUUCUAAAGAUCAAGUAGAAGAAGAACAACGCUUGCUGAUGGAGUUGCGUAAAAUUGAAACUAGACGUAAAGAAAGAGAACGUAAAAAACAAGAUUUACAAAAACUUAUAUCCUUGGCUGAUAGCAUAACUCGUGAUUCUGAAAUUCCUGAGCAUAUGCCUACUGGUCUAGAGGCGAAUAAUCCAGAAGAGACAAAUUCUUGGCUAUCAUCUACAACAUUAGGCUCAUCAGCAUCUAUGACGAAUACGCCAAAUAGUAGUGGAGGAGGAGGAGGAGCACAGCGUAAAAGAAUUGUUGGCAUAGGUGAUGUUAGUUCCAAUGCUUUGACGAGUCUAGGAGGAGCACUGCUGCUGCUGCUAGCGGUGCAUCUAGUUCCUAACACUGCCCUGAAUACUCAGUAUACAAUAAACUUUUUAGAAUUGGGUAAAAAUCCUGGAGUUCAUUUGCGUAGUCAAAAGAUGAAAUUACCUAGCAAUUUAGGACAGAAGAAAACAAGAAUUAUUGAAAACUUUUUGGGUCAUCUACAAAUCGAUCCUAAUCCACCAGCGACUGCAGAGAUUGUUGAAGCCUACAACAGUUUACGUUCCAAGAUUCUAUUAUUAUUCGAUUUACGUCUAGCAUUAUUAAACUGUGAUUUUGAACUUCAUUCUGCUCGUUUAAGAUUAGAAGCAUUUGCUCCUAACCAGCCAUUACCGCUUGAACUUGCAAGUCUUCCAAAUCCUGGUAUGUCAGAAUCAUCAUCCUCAGCAGAAGAUUCCUAUUACAAUAUAAUUGAUCCUUUAAUUCUGGCGGCAUUACGUGUAGCUGAUUCGAAGCGUCCAAUUCUUCCACGUCAUUCACUUGGUGUAGCUGGAACAUUGGCUGCAGCUGCUGGUAGUUUAGGCCUAUAUAAUGCUAUUAAUAAUAACAAUAAUAAUACUACAAAUAUAAAUACUACAACAUCAGAUCUAAAACUUCGAAUAACUAAUAAUUCUCUACAAGGUUCUACAGAUUUUGGACAUAUAUCAUCAGAUUCAAUAAUGUCUGCUAAUCGGUCUUCUCCAGCGUUAUCAUCAUCAUCAUCUGCAGCAAUUGGUAUUGGUGGUGGUAACUUCGAUUCAGAUAACUCAUCUUCAGCUGGAGAUGGUAUUGGUGGCGGGAGUUCACAGCGUCGUAGACGAGCAGCAGCAUUGGAACAAGGACGUGUUUUAAAAAAGCUUAAAAUUAAAGGACAACUUGUAGACUAUAAUAUGAUAUGGUUAGUUAGACAUAAAGUGCUAAUCGAUAUGUGA